CCGACCCGACCCGACCCGGUCCGCGCCGCGCAGCAGAUUUGCAGUUACUGUUCGGGCUUCAUGAAGAUAAAUUCCUGGGACUGCUGACCUCCCCACCUCCCCUGUCCUUUCCACCAUGGACCAGGAUUACGAGAGACGUCUCCUGCGUCAAAUCAAUAUACAGAAUGAAAACACGAUGCCUUGCGUAGCCGAGAUGAGAAGAACACUGACACCUUCCAACUCUCCAAUGUCUUCUCCUAGUAAGCAUGGAGACAGAUUUAUUCCCUCAAGAGCUGGGGCCAACUGGAGCAUUAACUUCCACAGAAUAAAUGAAAAUGAAAAAUCACCAAGUCAAAACAGAAAAGCAAAGGAUGCUACAUCAGACAAUGGCAAAGAUGGCCUUGCUUACUCUGCCUUGCUGAAGAAUGAACUCUUGGGAGCAGGGAUUGAGAAAGUUCAGGACCCGCAGACGGAGGACAGGAGGCUGCAGCCGUCCACCCCGGAGAAGAAGUCCCUCUUCACCUAUUCUCUCAGCACGAAGCGCUCCAGUCCGGACGAUGGCAACGAGGUGUCGCCGUAUUCCUUAUCUCCCGUCAGCAACAAAAGUCAGAAGCUGCUCAGAUCWCCUCGAAAACCAACGCGGAAAAUCUCCAAGAUUCCUUUCAAAGUGCUGGAUGCCCCGGAGCUGCAGGAUGACUUCUACCUGAACCUGGUCGACUGGUCCUCUCUUAACGUCCUCAGCGUUGGCCUUGGGACUUGUGUUUACCUAUGGAGCGCCUGUACCAGCCAGGUAACCCGGCUGUGCGACCUGUCCGUGGAAGGAGAUUCAGUAACGUCUGUGGGCUGGUCAGAACGGGGGAACUUGGUGGCAGUUGGCACUCACAAGGGCUUUGUACAGAUCUGGGAUGCAGCUGCAGGAAAAAAGCUUUCCAUGCUGGAGGGGCACACGGCUAGAGUUGGUGCCCUGGCCUGGAACGCGGACCAGCUCUCCUCCGGCAGCCGGGACAGGAUGAUCCUGCAGAGGGACAUCCGGACCCCGCCUCUGCAGUCCGAGCGGCGGCUCCAGGGCCACCGGCAGGAGGUCUGUGGGCUCAAGUGGUCCACAGACCACCAGCUCCUGGCGUCUGGAGGAAACGAUAACAAGCUUCUUGUCUGGAAUCACUCCAGCCUGAGCCCCGUGCAGCAGUACACGGAGCACCUCGCCGCGGUGAAGGCCAUCGCCUGGUCCCCGCACCAGCACGGCCUCCUGGCCUCCGGCGGCGGGACCGCCGACCGCUGCAUCCGCUUCUGGAACACGCUCACGGGGCAGCCGCUGCAGUGCAUCGACACCGGCUCCCAGGUGUGCAACCUGGCCUGGUCCAAGCACGCCAACGAGCUGGUGAGUACGCACGGAUACUCGCAGAACCAGAUCCUYGUGUGGAAGUACCCCUCGCUAACGCAAGUGGCAAAGCUAACGGGACACUCGUACCGAGUCUUAUACCUGGCGAUGUCUCCUGAUGGGGAGGCCAUAGUUACGGGAGCCGGAGACGAAACCUUGCGGUUCUGGAACGUCUUCAGUAAAACCCGCUCGACGAAGGAGUCCGUGUCCGUUUUAAACCUCUUCACCAGGAUACGAUAAACCCUCUGCGUUACAACCCAGGAGGGUCCAGCCUGACGUGCCAGGAUAAAACCACUAACUUGGUGUGCAUGGAACCCCCAAACGAUCAGCCAGGAGGGGAGUGAGUGUCAGUGGAGCGGAGGAUGGAUCUGACAGAUGCUAAUUAAAUAUGUGCUUGUGAACCACACUGGACAGUAUUUGGGAUGGGGCUGGGGAGGGCCAGGACUUGCCAAAGGUUUACGGACUUUUCCUUUGCAAGGGGGAAACGGGUACAAGAGAUGUCAAAACAGCGCCCUGCGACCCUUGUUCUGUGCGUGGAGAAAACACGUGGGCUACGGACCGCAAAGACCGGAGCGAGGCCGCCCCAGCCGCUGCGCUGCCUCCCCUCGGCAGGGACGAGCGCCCUUGCCCUUGGGCGCAGAGACCUCACGUGCUGCCUUGGCUCCCCGGGCACCUUUGGAGGUAGGAGCCAGCCAGGCUUUGUUGAGUGCAGCUGGGGCGAGGACUAGACUCCAGCCUGGCCCUUGGCCUGGCGCCCGCUGUCCAAGGGCAUUGGCGGCAGCCUGGGACGUCCGUUGCGUGAAGAAACUGGAGAACUGCGUGUUUUUCUUGCGUUUUUCCCAAAUAAAGCAGGUUCUGCAGUGCUCGGUACAGUCCUUCCCGUAAGACAGUCUCACGUUGGCACGUGUAGCAGCUGUGGCCCAACCGAAACAGCUGGGGCCUCUGAACUUAAGAGGCUCCACCUUGGAGGGAGCCCGUUCAAAGCAUUUCCAAAUUGCCAUUGCAUGUUCCAGGCUGAUCUCCAAGCUUUUAGUUAAUGAUGAGGAAAAACAAUGUCUUGAGAGAGAGAGAGAGAAAAAAAAAAAAGUAGUAUUUGGAGUUUCCCCGGUGCCGUUUGUUGCAAGCUGGAGCCUCGCUGAGGCCACAGCAGUUGAGAUGUGGUGGGAGAGCCGCUGUCGGUCUGUAAUUGCAAGGCAGGUGUUGGCUGCACCGGGAGCUCCGGCGCCGGGCGCGGGCUCCU